AUUCAAACUAACUAGCUACGCAAAAUAUCUCAAAACAAAAAUGACCAAGAAAUAAAAAACCAAAACCACAAACCUAAAUCAGAGCACCAUGCCUCGUACAAUCAGGACUAGCGAGAGCCCCCGUGGGGCCUACAGGUCUAUUCCGAUGAGUUCCACUCCCGACAUGACCAUCAUCAAGUCGGAAACGACGCCUAGUCCCCAUCUACUGGAUCAUGGAUAUGGGGCCACUCCCAUCAACCAGAUCAUGUCGUCAGUGGUACCAUCACAAGCACCGGCUGUAAAAAGGAAACUUAAUCUAGAAUCCUUGCACUACGUUCCACCGUCAGUGGUGCAUAUAGAUAAUGCAUUCAAGGCUCCACAACCUAAGAAACCUAGGAAACAAAUACCUGCGAAAAAAUACACGAGGUACGAUACGUCGUUAAGUUUAUUGACCAAGAAGUUUUCCGAUCUGUUGGAAAGGAGUCCAAAUGGUGUUGUAGAUUUAAAUAAAGCAUCUUUAGAAUUGAAGGUACAAAAAAGGCGAAUAUACGACAUCACGAACGUGCUGGAAGGAAUAGGUAUAUUAGAAAAGAAAUCAAAAAACAACAUUCAGUGGAAGGGAUCACAUGGACAGAAUAGUCAGUGCGUAGAAUUUAAGAAGCAACUGCAGAAUUUAGACAAUUUCGAAAAUUAUUUAGAUCAGAUGAUAGAGUCAGCGUCGAACGAAUUAAGCAAAUUAACACAUGACAGGUACGGUUACGUGACUUACCAAGACCUUCGCUCCAUCGACUCAUUCCGAAACAAAACAGUUAUGGCGAUCAAAGCGCCGCCUAGCACAAAACUUUCCGUGCCUGCCGGGCAAGGCGAGAAAUAUACCAUUAAGAUGAGCAGCGAUUCGGGAGAAAUAGAUGUUUACCUAUGUCCCGAGUCUCCGCCCGUUAAACCGAAACCUGAGAAAGUGCCAUGUAUGGAUAUGUUGUUAAGGGAUAUCAGUCCUGUAGGUCUCUUUGAUCUGUCUACUCCGCCAGUGCCUCAGUUGGACAGUCCAACGCCUAUUUCUUCACGGUUAUGCAGAAGCUUAACCUUCAAGGAUCCAUUCGAUCCCGGUCCAAGUACAUCGGGUACGCAACAGAACCUCCUGAACCACCUCCAGCCACAUCAUAACCAUCCACAUCCACACAACCACCAAUUGGUGUCGUCCCAUGAUUCUCCGAGCCCAUUGGUGAAGAACGAGAACAAUAUGGUGAAGAGAGAAGUGUUUUUGCACGAUGACGUGGAGGGGCUGAGCCCUAUGGUUGGACGAUUUAACUUUAAUAGUACACAGACUGAACAUAGUAGUAACUUAGGAAUUAUGGAUCCUGUUUUGAGCAGUGAGCUGGUCCUUUUGGAGCCUUUAAUGCAGCCAGAGUACAACUUCAGCUUAGAUGCGACGGAAGGCUUAGCGGACCUCUUCGAUUAUGAUUUCCUUUCUUAA